CUCUGCCCUACUGUAACGUCCCCAUCACUUCCAUAAGUGAGCGUCAGUUUCGCUGCAUCACACACCGCUGUCAAUUUGCACGUUAUGUGGGGUGGAUUUGUCAUUCAGUGCAAUGCAGUUUAGAACUACGGUUCCCCUUUGCACGGUAAAAUCGGGCUUGUAGGCUCCGAGAGAGCUAUAUUAAAAGUACUAAACAUAACAUGACAUCGGACAGCAUUUGCCAUGCCUUCGCACCAUCACAAACCAGUUGAGUUCGGAACAGAGAUCUAAAUGGAAGCCUGAAGAAAGUGGGGUUAGGCGGCCAUGGACCUGUUCAGCCAGCUGAUCCUAGUCAUCUUGGUCACCAGUUUCCUCUCCUUCCAGUGGCUCUUCCAUCGGGUCAGUCCCUGGGUCUCCCCCCGCGUCAGUCCUGGCUUCCUACUCCUGGCAGACCAGCAGAAAGUGGAAUGGAACUCAAGGACGGUGUCCACACUUCAUGCCCUGGUGGUGGGGUUCUUCUGCCUCUACAUCCUGCUGUUCGACGACGCCGUCAAUGAAGACCCUGUCUGGGGAGAUCCCACACUUGUGAAGAUAAAUGUUGGCAUGACAACAGGCUACCUCAUAUCUGAUCUGCUGCUAAUAUUUUACUAUUGGAAGGCGAUAGGCGACAAGUUUUUUGUAGUGCACCACCUUGCUGCGCUGUAUGCUUACUACUAUGUACUGGGACACGGAAUGUUGCCUUAUUUUGCUAACUUCCGUCUGCUUGCAGAGUUCUCCACGCCGUGUGUGAACCAGCGGUGGUUCUUUGAAGUGUUAGGUUACCCCAAGUCCUCCAAGCCCAACAUCGCUAACGGAAUGGCCAUGGCUCUGGUCUUCUUCCUGGUUCGCAUCGCCGUCAUGCCCCUCUACUACAGCCGCAUGUGGUCCGUGUACGGCACCGAAGCCUUUUACCGCAUCCCGCCGGAAGGCCGUGCUGCCUGGAUCAUCUCCAGCGUCUCGCUGGAUGUCAUGAACGUCAUGUGGAUGCAUAAGAUCGCCCGCGGCUGCUACAAGGUCAUGUGCUCGGCCCGACGGCACACAGUGGAGACACGAGAGAAUGGAAAGACUGACUAAGAAGCAAGAGGGAUGGUUGAUGUAAUGUAACCCAUUGAACCACUGUCCCCCUUUUUAGUGCACAAUUGGAUUAGUACCUGACUGUUUCAGGGUCAACUAGAAAAAGCCAAGUCUCACACGGACUGAAUUUUAUUCUAGAUGACGGCACAAUUUUGCUCCCCUUUUGAGAUUGGAGCAUUGUGCUGGAUGUGGACAAAGGGACAAUAACUGGGGCAGGUGUUGUAGAAACUGUUAGCAUCACUUUCUGUGCAUUGUAUCACAAAACAAUAUGUCUGGGAUGACGUAUCUGUUUUUCCCCCAACACUUCACCAAGUCAAAACGUUUACUGCUUGUUCCAGACCGUAGACUCAAUGUGUGACGCUCAUGUGCUCUCCAGAGUAACUUGAAGCCCCUCACUUAAUGUUGCUUUUUUAAAUAUUCUGGUUGUCUGAAUCCCGUAGGCUAUUGAUUUACAUUUUGAACACAGAGGAAUUAAUUGUUGUUCAAAUGGUGAGUACAAAUAAUAUAACAGUUUUUGAAAAACAGUUUUUUGGGACGAAACCAACCCAAUCAACCGAACUAACCCAAAUAACCCAACCAACCCAAUCAACUGAACUAACCCAACUAACCCAACCAACCCAAUCAACUGAACUAACCCAACCAACCCAAUCAACCGAACUAACCCAAUCAACCGAACCAACCCAACCAACCCAACUAACCCAACCAACCCAACCAACCCAAUCAACCGAACCAACCCAACCAACCCAACUAAUCCAACCAACCGAACCAACCCAAUCAACCGAACUAACCCAACCAACCGAACUAACCAAACCAACCCAACCAACCCAAUCAACCCAACUAACCCAACCAACCAACCCAACAAACCGAACCAACCCAACCAACCCAACCAACCCAAUCAACCGAACUAACCAACCCAACCAACCCAACCAACCGAACUAACCCAAAUAACCCAACCAACCGAACCAACCCAACCAACCCAAUCAACCGAACCAACCCAACCAACCCAACCAACCCAUUCAACCCAACCAACCCAAUCAACCGAACUAACCCAACCAACCCAAAUAACCCAACCAACCGAACUAACCCAAUCAACCGAACUAACCCAACCAACCCAACUAACCCAACCAACCGAACCAACCCAAUCAACCCAACUAACCCAACUAACCCAACCAACCCAACCAACCCAACCCAACCAACCCAACCCAACUAACCAACCCAACCAACCCAAUCAACCCAAUCAACCCAACCAACCCAACCAACCCAACCAACCGAACUAACCCAACCAACCCAUUCAACCGAACUAACCCAACCAACCCAAUCAACCGAACUAACCCAACCAACCCAAUCAACAGAACUAACCCAACCAACCCAACUAACCCAACCAACCCAAUCAACAGAACUAACCCAACCAACCCAACCAACCCAAUCAACCCAACCAACCCAAUCAACCGAACUAACCCAACCAACCCAAUCAACCGAACUAACCCAACCAACCCAAUCAACAGAACUAACCCAACCAACCCAACCAACCCAACUAACCCAACUAACCCAACCAACCGAACUAACCCAACCAACCCAAUCAACAGAACCAACCCAACCAACCCAAUCAACAGAACCAACCCAACCAACCCAACCAACCCAACCAACCCAACUAACCAACCCAACCAACCCAACUAACCAACCCAACCAACCGAACUAACCCAACCAACCCAAUCAACCGAACUAACCCAACCAACCCAACCAACCGAACUAACCCAACUAACCCAACUAACCCAACCGACCCAAUCAACCCAAUCAACCCAACUAACCCAACUAACCCAACUAACCCAAUCAACCGAACUAACCCAACCAACCGAACUAACCCAACCAACCCAAUCAACCGAACUAACCCAACCAACCCAAUCAACCGAACUAACCCAACCAACCCAAUCAACCGAACUAACCCAACCAACCCAAUCAACAGAACUAACCCAACCAACCCAAUCAACAGAACUAACCCAACCAACCCAAUCAACCGAACUAACCCAACCAACCCAAUCAACCGAACUAACCCAACCAACCCAAUCAACAGAACUAACCCAACCAACCCAACCAACCCAACCAACCCAACCAACCCAACUAACCCAACUAACCCAAUCAACCAACCCAACUAACCCAAUCAACCAACCCAACCAACCCAACCAACCCAACCAACCGAACUAACCCAACCAACCCAAUCAACAGAACUAACCCAACCAACCCAAUCAACCGAACUAACCCAACCAACCCAAUCAACAGAACUAACCCAACCAACCAACCCAACCAACCCAACCAACCCAACCAACCCAACUAACCCAACUAACCCAAUCAACCAACCCAACCAACCCAACCAACCGAACUAACCCAACCAACCGAACUAACCCAACCAACCGAACUAACCCAACCAACCGAACCAACCCAACCAACCCAACUAACCCCCCAAAAAACACCAACCCGAAUAACCCAUGCAAGAAAUCUUUUUGUAAUCGUGUCAUUUAAAAAUCUGCUGUCUGUCUGCUGAGGCAGGGAAGGGUGUAGCGUCUUCCUGUUUCAACCCAAACUGACUGUCUGAACACUGGGUGGACAUCUAGUGCAACCAAACCUAUAUCCAAGACGAGUGAGUUCAACUGAAAGAAACUUCUCAGUGAGACACUCUGAUAUAGAGACAGACCCCUGGCUCAAAGAAUACAGACAGACCUCCUGGCUCAAAGAAUACAGACAGACCUCCUGGCUCAAAGAAUACAGACAGACCUCCUGGCUCAAAGAAUACAGACAGACCUCCUGGCUCAAAGAAUACAGACAGACCUCCUGGCUCAAAGAAUACAGACAGACCCCUGGCUCAAAGAAUACAGACAGACCUCCUGGCUCAAAGAAUACAGACAGACCUUAUGGCUCAAAGAAUACAGACAGACCCCUGGCUCAAAGAAUACAGACACAGACCCCUGGCUCAAAGAAUACAGACAGACAGACCCCUGGAUCAACGACAGACAGACGGACCCCUUGUUCAAAUGGAGUGAGGCCUCCUAUGGGCCACUCUCUCUGGGGAAAGUUAAAGUAGAAAUGUAUAAAUGGAUUCCUUGCAUUUGUCCAGCCGGGUUCGAUUUAGGAGGACUUUGGUUCUAAAUAUUCAUGUUGAUAUUUUUGUUUUAAUCAAAAAUGGGACUGAUGUGGGUACACUUUGCUGAUUAUGCCAUAGGAUAUGUCAUGCUGCUCGCUCGUCUGACCAAAAGGAUGUCGAAAGGGAAACUUUGAGAAUGUGUGAGUUGAAGCGAUAGGGAAAUGCAUCGUGAGAGUUGUCAGCUGGAUUCUGAUAUUUCCUCUCAGAUUUUAUUUGCUCAGAUGAUAUAAGACGUGUGACCUUUUUGUCUUCAACAUUUCAAUAAUUUAUUCGAGUUUGAAUACCAUAAUCAUGGUAACAAGUUGUUUUUCUCUUCCACACCUACUGUCAAUACCAACGUAUAUGUACAGUCAACUGGUGCAUGCUGGGAUUAAUUGUAUGUUCCUGGUAUCAGAUCAAUAUGGAACUUGAGGUUACGCCACGUUUAGACGAGGGACCAUUGAGACAAUGAUAUUGGAUGAGUUUGUCCCCCUCUGAGCUCGACCAAUGGCUACUAACACUCACCUUGUUCUAAGAUCUUGGUGUAAGGAACUUCUUCUGAACCGCAUUAAAUAUCAUUUAUUACCAGUUACGUUCUGGAGCAACUCUUCAAUGUUUGUAUUUAUAUACACUGAGUGUACAAAACAUUAGGAACACCUUUCCUAAUAUUUAGUUUCACCCCCCUGUUGCCCUUAGAACAGUCUCAAUUUGUCGGGGGGCAUGGACUCAACAAUGUGUCGAAAGCGUUCCACAGGGAUGCUGGCCCAUGUCGAUGCCAGUGACUCAGUCCAGGGUGCCUGGCACCUACUACCUUACCCCGUUCAAUGGCAAUGAAAUCUUUUGUCGUGCCCAUUCAACCUCUGAAUGGCACACGCAUACACAAUCCAUGUCUCAAGGCUUAACCGUCCUUCUUUAACCUGUCUCCUCCCCUUCAUCUACAGUGGAUUUAACAAGUGACAUUAAUAAGUGAUCAUAGCUUUCCCUGGUCCGUCUUUCAUGGAACGUGCAGGUGUUCCUAAUGUUUUGUACACUCAGUGUAUUUGUUUUUAUUUAAGGAGAUGUAUAAUUUAUUUGGUAAGAGGUAUUCAUGAUGUAUCUUUUUAGUAGAUUUAUGAGGAAAUGUUUUCAUGAUGCAAGUAAACAUACAUUUAUAAUCAAUGUAUAUUAUGCCUGCCUUUUCUCUGAGCAGUUUAGUUUAAUGUGCACAGGCACACAUUAAAGACUAUUACUUGUAAUUACGUAAGAUUAUUACUACAUUUGCAUUUUACUGACUGAAUUACUUCUUUUUUUAACAAAGUAGAUUUGACAAAUGUUUUUGUGUGAGGAUACUUAAGAAAUACUAGCAUUUGUCCUCAUCAAAAAAGGAAAAGUUUACUUUUCAAAAACCUUUUGAUUUAAUAAUGAAAUGUGUACUUUGUUUGAUUGUACUUUUAUUUUCUAUGGUGGAAAAACAAACAAAGAAGCAUAUUGUUAAUGAUCUGUGAAAUUAAAGAGGGAUACUCCAGUCAUCA